CCCCCACACUCCAUCGCUAUGGCAGCUAACAAGCCUUAUCUCCUUGUUUCAUAUUUGCUUUUCCUCUUCCUUUUCAAUUUGAAUUCACUGCUUCUCGUCCGCUCCACACCUAUCCAAUGCACAGCCACCGAAAGAAGAGCACUGAUCAUCCUCCGAGAAGCUCUCACUGACCCUUCGGGCAGGCUCUCUUCCUGGUCCGGUGAAGAUUGUUGCACAUGGAAAGGUAUUAAGUGCCACAACCAAACUGGACGUGUCACCGAGCUCGACCUUAGAAACCCAUACCACUUAAUCAACGGAGAUCGAACAUCAUACAAAAGCUCAUGUCUGGGAGGUGAGAUCAACUCGUCUCUGCUUCAAUUGGAACAAAUCACUUAUCUGGACCUUAGCCUCAAUGAUUUUGAAGGCCUUGAAAUUCCCCAGUUCUUCGGGGAGCUCAAAAGUCUGCGGUACCUCAAUCUCUCUUUCGCGUCUUUUGCCGGAGAGAUUCCAGCUUCGCUUGAGAAUUUGUGGAGUUUGGAGUACCUGGACCUCUAUGCCGACUCCUUCAGUAGUACAGGUCCUCGGGAGUUACGUUCACAGAGUCUGGAAUGGCUUACGCCUCUCUCUUCUUUGAAAUAUCUAAACCUGGGAUUCUCCAAACUCGAUGGCGUAGCUGAUCACUGGCUGCACACGUUGAAUAUGCUUCCCUCCUUGGUAGAAUUACGCUUGCACUGGUGUGAACUUCAAGGUCUACCAUUGACGCUCCCAUCCAUUAAUUUCACCUCACUUUCGGUUCUUGACUUGUCGGAGAAUUCUUUUAACUCUGUAUUUCCUCAAUGGUUGUUCAAUCUCACCGGUCUCACCGAACUGUAUCUGACAUGGGACUUUUUCAGCGGUUCCAUUCCUGCUGAAUUUGCAAACCUCAAAAAUCUCCGAGUACUUGAUUUGUCUGAUAAUUUGAACCUCGAGGGCCAAAUUCCUGAAUUCUUUGGCAAUCUUAGCAAACUAGAGUUCCUAGAUCUGUCUGCAAACAAUUUCCAUGGUGACAUUUAUGAGCUUUUUAGUGGUUUCUCAGGUAGUCCAAACAAUAAGUUGGAGACACUAGAUCUCAGUUCUAACUUGUUGAUCGGGGAGCUGCCCAACUCGUUAGGAUCGGUUAAACAUUUACAACAUCUGGAUCUCUCUAGCAAUUCUUUCUGGGGUUCGAUUCCGACAUCAAUCGGAAGCUUGUCAAAGCUGAUAAAAUUAGACCUGUCGUACAACAUGAUGAAUGGUACAAUUCCUGAAAGUCUAGGGGAACUAUCGUGGCUAGUCGAUUUGAACCUUAUGGCAAAUUCUUGGAAUGGUAUAUUAAAAGAAACCCACUUCAUGAACCUCAGAAAACUAGAGAAUGUUCGUCUCACAACAGAGCCGACGAGUUCCUUGGUUUUCGGUGUGUCGGACGGAUGGUCUCCUCCUUUCAAACUUAAAUCCAUUCAACUUGAGAACUGCAUGGUAGGUCCCUCGUUUCCUUUAUGGCUUCAAGUUCAAAAUCAACUUACCUCUGUCAUCUUAAAAAAUGUUGGCAUAUCCGACACCAUACCAGGGAAAUGGUUUUCUCUAGUGUCUGCUCAAGUAAACUAUUUGGUUCUAUCUCAAAACCGAAUCAGGGGGGAGUUGCCAGACCAGUUGAGUUAUCCGAAUUUAAAUCUCAUCGAUCUGAGUUGCAAUAACUUUGGUGGUCCUUUCCCUUCUUGGUCCACUAAUGCAACCGAUGUAUUGCUCCACGAAAAUUCAUUUUCCGGGCCAAUACCGGAAAACAUUGGAGCCUUGAUGCCAAGAUUGAAGAAAUUAUAUGUUUCUAGGAACCAUCUGAGCGGGAGAAUCCCAUCAUCAGUGUGUGAUAUAGAGGGCCUUAACAUUGUUUCUCUAAGAAACAACAUGUUUAGUGGACAACUCCCAAACUGUUGGCAUCGAUCGUUUGUGUUAUGGGGAAUCGACGUAUCGAAUAACAGCUUGACGGGGAACAUUCCGAGCUCCUUGGGGUUUCUUCCUUCUCUAAGUGUGCUGCUGUUGAGCAACAACAAUCUGGAUGGCGAAAUCCCUUCCUCGUUGGGAAACUGCUCAGGUUUGACAAGCGUGGACCUCGGAGGGAAUAAAAUGUCGGGGACUCUGCCUUUGUGGGUACAAAAUCUUUCUUCAUUAUUCAUGCUACGUCUCGGCUCCAACCUUUUAAGUGGGAACAUACCUGAUGAGUGGUGCAGGCUUCAAAACGUUCACAUAUUAGAUAUUUCCGGCAACAAUAUUUCAGGGCCAAUUCCUAAGUGUAUCGGUAACCUGACCGCAUUGGUGAACGGAAAGGGCAGCGAUGUAUUCGAAGGGCUAAUAAAGGUGGUAACAAGAGGAAGAGAUCCCGAAUACAACAGCGUCGAGGCAAACGUGAACAGCAUAGACCUCUCAAGCAAUCAUCUUUCAGGAGAAAUCCCAGUUGAGAUGGCAAACCUUAUCGCGCUACGCAUCUUGAAUCUGUCGCACAACCAUCUCUCGGGACCGAUUCCGAAAAGCUUGGCAUCUCUACCUUCAUUGAUUGGACUCGACUUGUCCGACAACAACUUUUCAGGAAGCAUUCCCUUUGUAACAAGAUUUAACAAUUCCUCCAUUUAUGAGGGGAAUCCAUUGCUUUGUGGGACUCCACUUCCUACCAAAUGCCCACUUCCCAUAUAGCAGAGCUUUGCAGCAGAGCUUUGCAGGUUUCUGAUAGGAGUAAAAUCCAU